CCGCCCCUGGCCUGGCGUUAGUGUAGUGAGUCCUUUCUCCCAGCGAGGUGAAGCGGGUAUGCUCUCCGGAGCGUGAGUGUCUGAAUAACGCCUCCUGCACAGAGAAAAGAAGUCGUAGGAAGUGUUUCCAGCAGGACACUGACCAGCUGUUUACAAGUUUACGCAUCUUUCUUCCAAAGAGGAAGCGGUGUAUGUGAGAGUGUGUGUGUUUAUGGUGUUUGGGUGUGUGUAAGUAAUGGACCAACAAAGACAGCGUGCUCUCUCCACAUCGGGGGAAACACUAUACCAGGUUCUGGGGGUUACGAAGAGUGCCUCACCGGAUGACAUCAAAAAGUGCUACAGGAAACUAGCUCUGAAGUUUCACCCGGACAAAAACCCUGAUAACCCAGAAGCAGCAGAGAAGUUUAAGGAGAUAAACAACGCUAACGCCAUCCUCACUGAUCCCACUAAACGCAACAUCUAUGACCAGUACGGUUCUCUCGGCCUCUAUGUGGCUGAGCAGUUCGGAGAGGAGAACGUUAACACGUACUUUGUGCUGUCCAGUUGGUGGGCCAAAGCGCUGUUCAUCUUCUGUGGCAUUGCGACGGCUUGCUACUGCUGCUGCUGUCUGUGCUGCUGUUGUAACUGCUGCUGUGGGAAGUGUAAACCACGACCUCCUAUGGAAACUGAUCCUGAUUUUUAUGUCUCCCCUGAGGACCUGGAGGCUCAGAUGAAAGCAGAUGAGAGAGAUGGUGAUCCCAUCAUCGUGCAGCCUUCCUCAGCGACAGAAACCACUCAGCUGACAGCAGAUGGUCACCACACCAGCUACCGCACUGACACUGCACUCAACUAGACGACUCCCUCUUGUUCCCUCCUCUCGACCAGCAGAGGGAGCCACCCUGCAUCCUCCACCCAGGGGCUGCUGAGCGGGCAGAGCGAGUGGUCUGUCUGUAUCUCUGCUGUGAAAUGUCAAAGCUCAGGCUUUCCUCUGCACAUGUAAAGGAGCAAGGUUUUAUUUUUCCUUUGCUUUUUUCUUUUUUUUAGUCCAAAAAACGACACGCAGCCCGUUUCACACACUUUCUCAUGUACACGUGUGCCCCACACACAGUCCUACACACAGCCCUACUCAGUCUUGUGUUUCUCUAGAUAUAGAUCAUGUUCAUAUUGACACAUUCAUCUUGAAUGCGUAUGUAGGUCUUAAUAAAUCGUGUCCUCUUUGUACUUGGACAUCCAUAUAUACAAUUUAAUUUAUUAAUCUACACUUGAAGGACAAAUCUCUGGAAUCUAAAUGACUAAACUAAUGAUUAUUACUAAUAAUGUAAUGAACUUUUAUUUUUAGUUUCUUAGGUUUUUACAUUGAUUUUGUAAACGCAAAGCAACCAAAUACCUUUGCAUGUGUGUUGAAUAUAGAAAUGGUUAACAGUGUAACCACGUUUUAGUUCAGAUGUCUUUGUUUUGCUAUUUUAUUGCACAAUUUAGCAAAGAAAAGGGCACGCUGCAUGUUUUCUAUGCAGCCUGCGUCUAUUAGACGGCAUUAUAAAGCGGUUUCUAAAAUAUAGGCUCCAAAUCUCACACACACUAGAUGCAAAUGGUUCUCAUUAAUUUGUCACGGUUACUGAUGUGAUUGGGUUUUUUUUGGUUUGUUUUGGGGGGGUCGGGUCAUGUUUUUGCAUUUUCAUGGAGACCAAAUGUCCCCUCAAGGAUGGAAAUAUCUGACGCUUUUUGCCUUGUGGGGACAUUUUGGCUGGUACCCAUGAGGAAAACUGUUUGCUUGUUGUUGGGGAUUUUUUUUUGGUGUGUAAACCUGUCUGUUUUAUUAAAAAUCUAAAAGCACCAUGGAUACUGAUGUUAAUGUUAGAUUUAGGUGUAGAUGUAGCAUUAAUUAGCUGCAUUAAUAAUUGUCAAUGGAUGGUCCUCACAAUGCUUGUUCUAUUCUAACAAACGUGUGUGCGUGCGUGUGUGUGUGUGUCUGCUGUGGUAGAAAUAUGGUGCCAUCUGUGGAGGUAUUAGGACAGUAAACUAACUUUUGACUGUGUAUCAUGUUGAAAUUUCAUGUCCGUAGUUUUGAGUGUGAGUUGUCUUUCAUUGACAUUUAUUUAAUGAACUAAUUAGUAAAUGUCUGUGAAAGAACAGCAGUCUGUUUUUGUUUGUUUUUAGCUUUAAAUUCUUUUUCGUAAAAUAAUCACUUACCAACACUGUCCCAAAAUGUAAAUAAGACAUAACUUAAAGGAAAACUGAGAUUAUUUUAACCUGGGCCCUGUUUUCCCAUCCUUUUAGGCCCAAAUAUUUAUUAGGGACAAAAAAAUAAAUAAAUCUGUCGAAUUUACAGUUGGAACACUAUAACCAGCAACCGCGAAACGGCUGUACAAUGUAAUCCUAUGGGGGAAAGCAUCCGUGUCCGGUAAAGUGCUUGUUUUCACCACUGAUACAGUCAUUGUUGUUAUAAGUGUCUGACAACAUGCAAACGAUCCCUACUGAGAUACAGCGGUGUCUGUUUACCUCAGUAACGCUAAAGAAACUGUAGAAAAUAACUGCUGCUAGACUCAUUGUUUUAAACCUUUCUUUAAACCUUCUUCCGGUCUCUGACGCAGCACCCCAUUCAGUGCCUGGAGUCGAUUAUCAUGUGGGGAUGUUUUCUGAUGGGAUGGGAAAAUAGGGCCCACGUUAAAAAUAUCAGCGUUAGCCUUUUAAGCUGCAUCUCUUUGUUUUCCAACAGCCUGUAGGUCACAGGGACAAGUGUGUGGUUGUGUUUUUAGAUGCUCAAGUACAUCAUGUCUCCAAUAUUUGUUGUUUAUCAUAUUAGCAUGUAGUUUCCUCGUAGUGGAAGGACAAAUGGUUCAAAACAGAAUUAAUUGAAUUGUGUAAGAUGAACUUCUCAAUUCCUGUAGUUUAUAUAUAGCAGGUAUACAAUUGUGUAAUCGCAAAGGAUGACUGUGUUUGUGCAUGAUGUGCGCUGGGGGGUCGUACGUUGGGGUUGUGUGAUAUAUCAGUGAUGUGUGGGUAUGUGUAAACAGUAAUAUCAUUACUGCCACACGAUAAUGUUACUCAAUCAUGCCUCUGUGAUCUGUGUUUCUCUCUCUCUCUCUCUCUCUCUCUCUCUCUCUCUCUCUCUCUCUCUCUCUCUCACACACACCUCAACACUUCUUUAGUGUUGUUUCUUCCGCACUGAUCUCUGAGGACAUUUCAGAAAUACCUCUGAAAAUGUAGUGAUGUCCAGAAUUUUAUUGCGUCCAUGAAAUUUAAUGGAUGCAAUAAAAUUAAUUCGGUUCAUUAAUGUUUGCUAAAAGAGCUGAUGUGUCUGUGUGCAUGUGGGUUUUUGGGGUGUUUUUCCUCAUACAAUGGAAGGAAAACACGAUUUCCUGGAAAUAUAAUUUUUGCAAUCAUAAAACAAAAAUUAUGAAAAUGGAAUAAUCUAAAAUUACUCGUAUUUGAAGCAUUACAUUUGUUUCGUGUGUGUGUAAGUAAUUUGACCUGUGUAGUUUUAUUUUAUUUUGAGUUCAAUGUAUUUUAGAUUUUAAUUAUGCGUACGUUUACAUAUCACAAUUCAUAUGUCGUCUAGCUUAGUAAUAUCCUUUAUGUUUAUAAGGGAAUCAUGAAGCCAAAUUCCUUCACAUCUUGAUUUUACAGUGGUGUGUAAAUCCAAACCCCACUGAAUGGAGAUUUGCUAAUAUGAAAGCAUGGACCAGAAACUGAUCACGACUGUGUGAGGUGUCAAAUCUGCACAUUUUGGCCAAGGUAAAUUGGAAGACACUUUUCUGUUAAAUGUAUAUUUCUCUUCAUCUACAUGAAAGAAUUAGUUCAGCAGUGUGUCUGUGUAAAAGCACUGUCGAAAGAAAAUCAAUCAGCCCCCAAAAUUCUUAGACAUGCUAAUGAUAGCAGUGGCAAUGUAGGGACAAUGUGAUAUGAUAUAAUUUAUUUUCAUAUGCUUUAAAAAAAAAUAGUUCUAAUGCUGUGUGAAUGAAUGUGGUCAGCUAAAUGGCUGAGUUGUUUUGUACUGUCUAGCUGAAUCUGUUAAGUUGCUGAUUUUUCAUUGUAGCAGGGAUAGUGUGCGAGAGAUGUGAUUGUUAAUUUCCUGUUGUAUAAUAAAUGUUUCUGAAUCCUA